AUGGACUCACCCAAUAUUCAUAAAAGAUGGGUUGAAGAUGCCAUUCGUAGUAAACAUAUGACAGAGUUUGAUUAUAAUUCGUUUAGAGAAAUUAGCAUUAUUUUAACAACACCAAUGGCAGACGUUAAAAAGGCUUAUCAAAUAGGAUUUGAUAGGAACGUUGUUCUCAAAUAUUUGAGAGAUGAUCAGUAUAAAAUUGAAACUGAAUAUUAUAAAAGUUUUUCAAGAGAGAUUCGGAAUUUAACAAGGUUAAAUGAAUUUGAUAACAAAAACAUAGUCAGAUCAAAUGAGGAUUUCGAAACUCACGAUUAUUUGGAAUAUUUGGACUCAGAAUCAAUAGUAUACAUAGAUCCCCUACUCCUCUCAACAUAUGGUAGAAAAGAUGAAUCAUCAGAUUCUUAUAGUCUCGGGGUUUUGUUAUGGGAAAUAUCAAGCGGUAUUCCUUUUUUUAGUGAUAGGCUUAAUCUGGACAAGGAAGUUUUGAUGAAUGAACUUAUAUCCGGAUCUAGAGAAAAUCCC